AUGAGUGAUACUCCUGCCCAUCUCCCGGUCCCAGUACAGAAGAAAAGCCAUCGGAUUCAAGUUAGACUACCACCACCAGAAUCAAGCCAAACUGAACUUCAAACUCGAAGGAGUAAAACAGUUAACGAAAGUUCCCAGUCAAACCUUGGCGACUCGCAACAGGUGGGCAUAUUGAGAGGUGUAUCUGCUUACACGAAACAGUACCGGGAAAGGGACGACAUCUUAAAACACCUUGCCGUCGUUUAUUUGUUCACUAUUCUUAAAUCACCCCCGCACUGGACACCGGAAACAUUUGGUGAAAUAGUGGAGCUGGAGUCGACGAUUGCAAACACAACGCUCGAGUCACGAUUGCCAAUUGUUCGAAAUGAUAAAACGUACAACAUUCAUCUCUCAAGCACACUCUUCAAGGGACGGUUCGUUUUACCACCGGAACGUACGGUCAACUCGCAGCUAAACGUCCACCAAGCUCUGGCCCGCAUCAAGCGUGGUAAAGCUGCAAUAUGGAGGUGUGAUUCAUACUUCUUUCUCAUCCGUCGUCUCGUAACUGGAUGGUACUUUUACACGAUCAACCUACAGGACAAACCGGUACUAAUGUUCUUCAGCUGUGCCCAGUUGAUGGUGAACCUUGUGCAGGAGUCCUACGGAUGUAAUAAGCAUUCGAAAUACUUCCUUUCCAACAUUGUACUACACUCGGUGCAGGAAGAUGACGUGAUCAGAAUUGUGUGGAAGAUGAAGCGAAGCUGCGGUAUGAAACUGAACUCACCAAUGGAAGCGAUCCUGCACGGAAACGUUUGCUUGGUACGGCCCAGCUUGGAGCGAUCGCUUGAAAUCAGUCUUAACGUGCUGGAACGGGCAGGAAACGAUCAGAAGAAGCCACGAUCGUGGGAUAAUAAGCUACUAAAUGGAUGCUUCAAACGAAUCCAACUGCACUGGCAAGUGGCAGAGAAGAUGGCUGCAUUCGUGCGUGAUAAAAGCAACCCGAGCUAUACUGUUGGAGGGUAUGAAAUAAUCUGCCGAACUGCGGCGAUAGGACACCGUCAGAGGAAACAUUUUGAAGAGCUGGUCAACUAUUUUCUUGCUUCCUGCGCUGCAUUGCUGGUUGUUGGGCUGGAUUGUUGUUUUCUGUUCUGGUCAAGGGAUAACUUCAUCUACUGGUUCAGCCCUUACCGGUACAGUUGUCUACUGGAGAAGCCCGAAAUUCUUCAAUCCCGAGCUUGUUUCGUACUCAUGACGAACGCCCUCGCUAAAGCAUCGACAUCGCUUUACGAAUAUCUCUACGAACUUGGUGUUUUCCCUGAUCAUACAAUUGAAUUGCUGCCGGUGCGUGUCGAUGAUCGAACGCCACACGCUCCGCUGCCCGACGAAGAUGAGGAUUCGCUUGAUCAGGAAGGUUUCACCAUCCCGCCCGCUAGUGAUCGAGGUUGGACGAACUUCUACUCGCCGGAACUUCACACUCCAUCCGAGUUGCGGUUAGCAAGACAGAUGCUCGAUAUGGUGUACCGGACGGCGGAAGAUCGGUGCGACUGA